CCAAGAAUAUAUACCCAAGCUAUAGAUAUUAGUAAUGCUUCCCGUAUUGUUUUUACUGCAAAAAUUCUCGUAACAUGGAGCUUAGACCAUCUGAAAUACGAUACAGCCAAGAUUCUAUCGCAAAACAAUUUGGCCGUAGCACUGGACACCCUCUUCGACCUAUUGGUCAAACACUGAACGAUAUCUUAUCCGGACGAUGUAAUGUGAAUUCGAUUCCUCGGAUAUCUGUGAUAUACAGACACGGCCAUGUAACGUAAAAUUAUAAAGGGAUUUCCCAGCAUAUUCUAUAAAUAGAAUAUUAUGUUAUUCCCUGUUUGUUGGCUGCAUAUAAUGUGCACAGUAUUGAUUAAUGGUAUUUAUAACUCAUUCAGUUUCGGAAAAUCUAAAGUUAUUUAUAAACCACGGUAGUGAAAACUGCAAGAUAUCGGCUGAUAAACUUUAAGGUAUAUGAAAGCUUUUAGCCAUUGAAUAAGAGUGUCCUUAGCGAAGUAAUAUGUAUCUGCGACCAUCAAAAAUUUGUUUCAGCCAGGACUCUAUUGGCUGUACUUUUGGUCGUUGUACCUCCCAUCCAUACAGACCGAUUGGUGAAACAUUGGACGAUAUUCUGACUGGGAGGAUUAAUGUCAACUCCAUUCCAAGUAUUUCUGUUUACAAUAAAAAUGGAAAAUGGUUCACAGCUGACAACAGGAGAUUGUGGGUGUUCCAGGAGGCUGAAAAACGUGGAAAGUGUAGCGAAAUUUAUGUCCGCGAGACCUUCUACAUUGUUUACAACAAAUUUACGGCAAUGAACAAUGGUGCAUCCGUUUAUGUCCGAGGAAAUCCGGGUGGUUAUCAAUGGCAAAGAAUGCCAAUAAAGGAAAUACAACCGAACGAAACCCCAAAAAUUACGUCUUUACAAACGAUUCCGACCAGUUCCUACACAAACCAAAAUUAUAUCGAGGAUAUGGAUACUGCUGAUAUAUGUUUGAAGAAACUUGAACAAAAUGUCCCAACAUUCAAUGAAAUUUCAACGGCAGAACGUAAAGAAACUUUAUCUCUUGAAAAAAAUAUUUCUAGAGAUGACAGUGUAAUGUCUGUAGAUAAUGGAAACCAAUAUAAUAUAGAUGUUGACUCCGAUUCUGAAGAAAAUAAUGUUGAUGAAAUAUCACGCGAUUUCUCCUUCAUUUCAAUGGCUUCAAAUCAACAGGACAGUAUGCUGUGUCAGCAAAACAACACAGCAAAACCAAAUGCAAUGAAGAGAGCAAUGGAAGAACAUGUUGAAGACGAAAGAGAAAUUAGAGAUAAUGAGCAGACUGUAAUAAAUUCAUCUAACAUUCCAGGAAGCCUUAUCAGCAGUACAUUUUUAAAUUCAAAUUCAGAGACUCUUGAGCUGUUGGAGAAUAGAGAUGUAGCUGUAACCAUGUGCGACGAAGACAAUGCCAAGUCCUCAAAAUGUUCUAAAUCUAAAAAGUGUAUUUUAUUUGUAUUUUGCUUGAUUCUGGUUUUCGUUGCUUUAUUGUGUACCAUAUUAAGCAUAACAUUGACUUAAAUGACAUUUGUAGCCCGCGUUAGAGAAUUCUUAUUUAUUGUAUAUAUACGUACAUGUAUGCUUUAAACUGCAGAGAACUGUGAGGUACACUUCAUCAAUAAAUGUAAACAAUCAUU